AUGUCGGCGUUUGAAGAAUUAGGGUUACAUAGCGAUUUGUGCGCAGUUUUAGAAAAAAAUGGUAUUGAUUUACCAACGGCUAUACAACAAGAGUCCAUCCCUCUGACAUUAGGAGGAGGAGAUUUAUGUGCUUGUGCUGAAACUGGUACAGGAAAGACCUUAAGUUUCAUAUUUUCUUCUUUACAGAUAGUUCACGAAUUGGUUCGAAAUAUAGGUAACUAUGAAGAUGUUAAUAUUAGAAAAAAUAACAAUAGUAUUGAAAACAAUAAUGAUAGUAAUAUAUCGCACAUUAUUGAUGAUAAUGAUAAGAAUAAGAAGGAGAGUUACAUAAAACCUAUUAAUAAGAACUCAAAAGUAAUAAUUAAAGACAAUGAAUGUAUAUGUAAUAAUAACAAUAAUAAUAAUAAUUUCCUUUUUGAAGAAUUAAAAGUUGACUGUGAAAUAACGAAUGGAUUAUAUGCAUACGAAAUUGAAAUAUUAUCUAAAAGUUUUGUGAAUGUUGGUUUUUGUCCAUCCAUUAAAGAAACAUUAAAAUAUAAUUAUACAUACUGUAGUAAUGGUAAUAAAUAUAAUAAUAAUAGACAAGAACAUUAUGGUGAAUAUUUUUCAAAUAAUGAUAUUAUAACAUGUUUAAUUAAUAAAAAUAAUAAUACUAUAUCUUUUAAAAAAAAUGGGAAAUUUUUAGGUAGUGCUUUUAAAAUCUUUUAUAAAUAUAAUGAUGUUGCAUUUUUUCCAUAUAUAUGGGGAAAAUAUUUCCAUAUAAAAUUUCAUUUUGAAAAUUUAAAAUAUGGUGAUCGUUCAUUACAUUUUAAUGAACUAUGUAUUUUAUUAACUUCAAAUUGUAAUGAUAAUGAUACUUCAAGUGAUAGGAAAAUAUUUUUUUCUUCUGAAGAUAUUAAGGAGGAAAAGAAUUUAAAAAUAGAGAAAUCAAAUACUCAAACACAUAAUUAUAAUCAACAAAAUAUCAAUAAUAAAAAAAAAUUAUAUUGUAUCGUUUUAUGUCCUACAAGAGAUUUAGCGCAACAAACAUAUGAUAAUUACUUAAAGUACUCCGAAUGUUUUAAUAAUCCUUCAAUUAAUAUUGGAAUAUUUGUAGGAGGAGAGCAGAGAGGUAAAGGUCAUCAUAUUAAUGACGAUGGAUGUUACAAUAUUGUUGUGGGUACAUGUUUUAAAUUAAUUGAAUGUAUAAGAAAAAAUUCUAUAAAAGUUAAUGAUAUAAAGUUAUUAAUAUUAGACGAAGCAGAUGAAUUAAUAAAUAAUGAUGAAAAAACAGUUUUAGAAAUUAAAGAUUCUUGUAUGAAAUAUGGACAUCGUGUGCAGACUUUAUUUUUUUCUGCAACUUUGCAAGACAAAAAUGUUAAAGAUUGUAUUAAUAAAAUAACCAAUAAACCAAUAUUUGUUGAUUUGAAAUAUGGAAAAAAUAGUAUACCAUCACACAUAUAUGUGUGUCUAUAUUAUGUCAAUGAUGAAAAUUCUAAUUUAUCAAAUAUUAUAAAAGAUAAUGAUAAUAAUAAUAAUAAAGAAAUAUAUAAUAUCCUUUAUAAUGAGAAAAUGUAUCAUAUGAAUACAAGGGAAUUAUAUGAAUAUACAGAUAAAGUACAUAUAUUAAAUAAUUCAAAUAUUAAUUUAAAAAAAAAUGAUAAGGAACAAAUUUCUUUAAAUAUAAAAAUGAAUAAAUUAAAAAAAUUAGUUCAAAUAAUUAAUGUUUUUAAUAUGCAAAAUGGUAUUAUAUUUUGUCGAACCAAUUUAGAUUGUGACAAUGUAUAUAAUUUUUUAAAUGCUGUAGGUGAUGGUAAAGCUUACAAAGGUACCGUUGAAUCACUUAAAGAAAAUAAAUAUUCCUGUGUUAUAUUAAAAGGAAAAAUGUCAAAUGAAGAGAGAAAAAACAAUCUUCAAGCUUUCAAAAAAGGUGAAGUACGUUUUUUAAUAUGUACAGAUGUAGCUGCAAGAGGUAUUGAUAUACAGAAUUUAAGAUAUCUUAUUAUUAUGACCUUGUCUGAUAAUAUUAAUACAUUUUUUCAUAAAAUUGGUAGAGUAGGAAGAGAUGGAAAAAACAGUUUAUGUAUUGUCUUAAGUGCAGAUAAUGAGCAAGAAGAAAAAGUAUGGUUUCAUACCUGUCCUAGUAGAGGAAUUAAUUGUUACAAUAGAAAUUUAAAAGAAAAUAAAGGAUGUACUGUGUAUAUUAAAGAAAGUGAUUAUAUUAAAACUAUUAAUGAUAUGUUAGAAGUACCUAUGCAUGUAUUAGAUUCCAAAUAUUAUUAUGCUGAAAAUAUUGUUGAUCCUUUAAAUUAUUUCAAAAAACAUCCUGUUUCUAAUAAAAGUAGAAGAAAUAAAAAUCAAAAUGCUAACUCCAUUUUUCAAGAAUCAGCUCAUAUAGAUGUAUUAUCUUCCUUUGCUUCGAACAUUAAUAGUAUAAAAAAAUUACAGUCUGCAAUUAGUUAUAAGCACUAUGAAUUGUUGAACUUUAAAAUAUGA